AUGAUAGAGGCCAAAGAUGAAGUUGUUCCAUUGGGAGGUCAUUUUGAUUUAUCUUCAUAUCAAUCACUAAAGACAAAAGAUGAAGUUAGAUUUAUGGAGAAGAUUCCUUAUGCAGAAGCUAUUGGGAGUGUUAUGUACACCAGGAUAUGUACCAGACCUGACAUUGCUUAUGAUGUGAGUGUGCUAAGCCGAUUUAUGGCAAAACCAGGUGAAGAUCACUGGAAAGGACUAAAGUGGCUACUGAGGUACUUGAAGACAACAACACAGUAUGGUUUAGUGUUCAGAAAAACAAGAAUGAAGGCCCAACUUGAAGGUUAUGUAGAUGCAGAUUAUGCAUCUAAUAAAGACACAAGGAAGUCUCUAACAUCUUAUUGUUUUCUUUUAAACAGUUGUUGCAUUUCAUGGAAGUCUCAGUUGCAACCAAUUGUUGCCUUAUCCACAACUUAA